AAACAAUUAGAAACACAUCAAUAUAUACUUAAUCUAAAUACCGAAAAAAGUAAAUGCCUCUAUCUUCCCUUCCCCUCUCUAUAUAUUUCAACCUCUAUCUAUCUCUCUCUCUCUCUCCCUCUUUGUAAUUUCUCAAAUAUUUUCUUCAGAGUUAGCACGACCUCAUUAAAUCAUCUUCUCUACCUCUCAAAAAGAGAACUAUAUUUUAGAGUUUCACUUUGGUGCACACACAAAGCUCGUACAACAUUCUUCAUAUAUGGCUCUACGCUGCUUAUCUCAAUCUUCAACAACUUCAUCUUAUCUCUCUAAGAUCUGGGGAUUCCGUAUGCAUGGGACCAAAGCAGCAGCUUCUGUUGUAGAAGAACAUGUCUCUGGGGCAGAACGAGAGGAUGAAGAGUAUGCUGAUGUGGAUUGGGACAAGCUUGGAUUCAGUCUUGUACGGACAGAUUACAUGUUCGCCACCAGAAGUUGCAGAGACGGUAACUUCGAACAGGGUUACCUUAGCCGUUACGGCAACAUCGAGCUCAACCCUGCUGCUGGGAUUCUCAACUAUGGCCAGGGACUAAUAGAGGGGAUGAAAGCGUACAGAGGAGAAGAUGGUAGGAUUCUUCUCUUCCGCCCAGAGCUAAACGCGAUGCGUAUGAAGAUAGGAGCUGAGAGAAUGUGUAUGCAUUCUCCUUCUGUUCAUCAGUUUAUUGAAGGUGUUAAGCAGACCGUUCUUGCAAACAGGCGUUGGGUUCCUCCUCCGGGCAAAGGAUCGUUGUAUCUCAGACCGUUGUUGUUUGGAACCGGAGCAAGCUUGGGUGUGGCUGCAGCACCAGAGUACACGUUUCUUGUGUUUGGCUCUCCUGUUCAAAACUACUUCAAGGAAGGCACAGCGGCGUUGAACCUGUACGUGGAGAAGGUGAUUCCACGCGCCUAUCUUGGAGGAACUGGUGGUGUAAAGGCAAUUUCCAAUUACGGUCCAGUGCUUGAAGUGAUGAGAAGAGCAAAAUCAAGAGGUUUUUCGGAUGUUUUGUAUCUUGAUGCAGAGACUGGGAAGAACAUAGAAGAAGUCUCUGCUGCUAAUAUAUUCCUUGUGAAGGGGAAUAUAAUAGUGACUCCAGUUACGAGCGGGACGAUUCUCGGGGGUAUCACACGUAAGAGCGUCAUCGAAAUCGCCCUUGAUCUUGGUUACAAGGUGGAAGAGCGAAGGGUUCCGGUAGAAGAACUGAAGGAAGCAGAAGAAGUUUUCUGCACUGGAACUGCUGCUGGAGUUGCUUCUGUUGGAAGCAUCACUUAUCAGAACACAAGGACUGAGUACAAAGUUGGAGAUGGGAUUGUUACUCAGCAACUUCGAUCUAUUCUUCUCGGAAUACAAACUGGGUCUAUCCAAGACACAAAGAAUUGGGUUUUGCAGAUUGCCUAAGCUGUUUUCAUAUAGAUAAAAUGUUGCACUCUUUUGAUCACCUGUCGAAAGCUUUUGAAAUAGUUUUGGUAACCUUGUAAGUUAAACUUGUGACAUAAAUUUGUGAUGAUAUCAACAUAUCAUAUUAGUAUUUAACAUUUGUUUCA